GGUAAUAAUUGUUCUUCACUAUGAUCUACUACAUCUUGAAUCAUUUUGACGCGAGCGACCGAGGCAGACUCAGAGAGAGAAAUGGCCGGAAUUAGCAUCGAUCGUAGAUGGUCUCUUCAAGGAAUGACCGCUCUUGCCACCGGUGGUACCAGUGGAAUCGGGCUUGCAGUGGUGGAGGAAUUGGCGGGACUGGGAGCAACCGUGCAUACGUGCUCUUUUAAUGAAUCCCAGCUAAAUGAAUGCUUACGUCAUUGGGAAAGCAAGGGUUUCCAAAUCACAGGUUCUUUCUGUGAUUUAACAUCUCGAACCCAAAGAGAAGAGCUAAUGGCCACUGUCUCCUCUCUGUUCAAUGGCAAACUCAACAUUCUUAUAAACAAUGUGGGUACGGGGUUGGUGAAACCAGCUACAGAGUUCACAGCCGAUGAUUUCUCUUUUAUGAUGAGCACCAAUGUUGAAUCUGGUUUCCAUUUGUCCCAACUUGCCCAUCCUCUUUUGAAAAAUUCUGGAGCAGGAAGCAUUGUUUUCAUGUCCUCUGUUGCUGGUGUAGUGUCGCUAGAUGUUGGGACUCUUUAUGGAUUGACCAAAGGAGCCUUAAUCCAACUUACAAAGAAUUUGGCAUGCGAGUGGGCAAAAGAUAAUAUAAGGGUUAAUGCUGUUGCGCCCUGGUUCGUCAAGACAGAGCUUACCAAACCUAUUUUUGAAGACAACAAAUUAUUGGAGGCCAUUAACUCUCGAAAUCCUAUGGGGCGCACCGGCGAGCCAAAGGAGGUCUCUUCUGUAGUGGCGUUCCUAUGCAUGCCUGCAGCAUCAUACAUAACUGGACAAACUGUUUGCGUCGAUGGUGGGUUGACAGUAAAUGGCUUCGCUUUUCCAUGAAGAUCAUGUCACUGGUAUCAAAAAACCUUCAGUCCUAUUUCCCUCCUUAAGACUAUAUGUUUAAACUCUGUGUUAUCUACAAAUAAAAGAAAAGGGAAAAAAAAAAGUUUUAGUAAGUCCUGUUUAAUUUUAUAAUCAAACAGACAUCAUUUGCAAUUA